CAGAUGGCCCCAGAUAUCCAGCCGUAUGGGCGGGUGGACGUCAUGGCCUCGAUGGACCCGUUUGGAUGGGGCACCGGUGUAGGGGUGGUAGAAGAAGAGGAGGAAGAAUCGGAGGGUGAGGAUGAGGAUGACGAUGACGGCAACAACGUGGAGGGCAAAGCAGGGGAUGACGAUAGUGACGAUAUGGAAAUGAGCGACUGA